ACUUAUUCGUAUUGAUGAUCGUUGUCUAGUUUGUUUACUUGGACAAUCGACCAUUGAAAGUCUACACACGUACAUGUUAGUGUAAAGUGUACUUUCAGCUAUUGAUAGAUUGGAUCUCUACCCAAACUCCAAGAUAACAAGUAAUCAUGUCAAAAACCGGACCUGGAUAUGCAUCCCCAUUGGAGGCCAUGAAAGGCCCCAGGGAGGAAAUAUUGUACGUGGUCACAGUACAACCAAAUCAAGCACCAGGAAAAUCUGACAUGUUAACUACCGUAGACGUGGAUCCGAAAUCCCCAACUUAUUGCAAAAUUAUUCACAGAUUAAAAACCGGACGUGAAAAUGACGAACUCCAUCAUUCCGGUUGGAACAUCUGUUCGAGCUGUCAUGGAUGUUGUAACGUACCUCAACGAGAUAAACUCGUGCUCCCUGCAUUAGGAUCUAACAGGAUCUACUUUGUGGAUACAGGAAAAGACCCAAGAGCACCUAGCAUCCAUAAGGUUCUCGAAUCAUCGGCUGUGGAAAAAGUUGAUUGUUCCACACUUCAUACAACCCAUUGUUUGGCUUCAGGCCAAAUAAUGAUUUCUGCAAUGGGAGAUAAUCAAGAUAAUGGUAAAUGCGAUUUCGUUUUAAUCGACGGUAAAACUCUUGAAGUAACAGGAACUUGGACGAAAGGCAAACGUGCAAAAUUCGCCUAUGACUUCUGGUACCAACCGUACUUCGACAUAAUGGUGUCGUCCGAAUGGGGUGCUCCAAAGGUGUUCAAAACCGGCUUCCAUCCAUCCCACGCGGCUGACAAAGAAGCUUACGGAAGAAGCUUGAACUUCUUCUCUUGGAGCAAGCGCGAACUCAUUCAAACCAUCGAUCUAGGGGAUGAUGGAAUUGCUCCUCUAGAAGUCAGAUUUUUGCAUGAUCCCAAGCAAAGUCAAGGUUUCGUUGGUUGUGCCGUCAACGCCAAUGUUUUCAGGUUCUAUUUGAAACCGGAUGGUACUUGGGGUGCAGACAAGGUGAUUGAUAUUAAACCCAAAAAGGUUUCUGGAUGGGUUGGUGACUAUAUUCAGGGUAUGAUAACCGACAUCAUUAUUUCUCUGGAUGAUAAGUACCUGUAUUUAUCAAAUUGGCUGCACGGUGAUGUUAGACAGUACGACAUUUCUGACCCACUAAACCCAAAAUUAACAGGUCAAGUCUUCUUGGGAGGCAUGAUUCUCAGCGAUUCAAACGUCCGAGUGCUCGAAGAUCCGGAACUAUCGGAACAACCAAAACCGGUCAUUAUCAAGGGCAAACGUUUCUAUGGUUCACCACAAAUGUUGCAGUUAUCUCUGGAUGGUAAAAGAUUGUAUGUCAGUACCAGUUUGUUUUCACCCUGGGACAAACAGUUCUAUCCGGAUUUAGUCAAAAAUGGUGGAUGCAUCGUGAAAUUGGACGUGGACACUGAAAAGGGCGGAAUUAGUCUGGAUACUGAUUUCUUUGUUGAUUAUUCCGAAGGCCCAGACGGUCCCUUAUUGCCUCACGAAAUGAGAUACCCAGGAGGAGACUGCACUUCUGAUAUUUGGUUGGCUGACUAAAAAAUGAUAUUCAUACAAAAUAUAUAUUUGCAUAUUCUACGAAUGUUAAAAUUGUUAUAUUAACUUUGAAUUAUUCUAUUUUUUUAAUAUUAAACAUUAAUUUUUUAUAUAUGUAAUCUUUUAUAAUAUGUUCAUUGCUUCUCAAAUAUUUCUGCAUGUGCAAUUUCGUGUUAACGUUAUGGAAAAUACAUAUAUAUAUAUAUAAAAAAAUAGAAACAGUUUUAUUUA